AUGAAUAUCAUUCGUCUUAUCAAAUCUCAACAACACAAAUCAAAUAUUUCUCCUUUAAAAUCUUCUCUAUCUCAUGUAACUCAAAAACGUGAUAAACCUCUUGAAGUCUCUCAAAAACAAAAUCUUUGUUUUGACGAUGAAAAACCUCCAUUUCUAAAUCAAUCACAAGAACCAAAAGAAACACCAAUUGUCAACAAAACACAAAUGACAAAGAAUGAUAUUUUAAAACUAAAAAUCACACAAUUUGUUCACAAAGACAACCAAAUAAACAAUAUUAAACUUCAAAAACAUAAAAAGGAAGAAAUGAAACCAAAAAAAAAUCAUGAGGGAGGUACUAUCAGUAUGCCUUAUUCUAUCUCUUCUGAUGAGGAAGAAGAAGAAAAAAGCAUCAUUGCAAGAAUACAAAGAAAUAUUAAAUAUAUGAAGCACAUUGAAUUAAUGAUUGAAAAUUAUAGAAAUGAACUGAGUAAAAAAAAGAAAAUACUUCAACAACUUAUCUUGAAAAAAAUAACAAAUGAUUUUCUCAAUACAAUAACUGUUGUUGCAUUAAAUAGACUUGAAGAAUUAGAACUAUCAUUAAAUGAUUCUAUCAUCACAUCACUUAAAGGAAAUAUUGAAAAAUAUGAACAAGAGUUUAAUUGGUUAAACCAAACUGAUUAA